AUGGGGAUAUUCGAACCGUACAGAGCAGUCAGGUAUAUAACCGCCGGCGUCCCCUUCUCCGUCCAGCGCCUCGGCACCGAGACCGUCAUCGCCAUCGGAGUCGGCAAGGCCGUCCGAGUGUCCAAUGUACUCUUGUACGAUGAACCAACAGCUCGGCUUGAUCCUAUUGCAUCCACUGUGGUUGAAGAUCUUAUCCGAUCUGUGCAUUUGAAAGGUGAAGAUGCACUUGGAAAGCCUGGGAAGAUAACGUCAUGUGUGAUUGUCUCUCAUCAGCACAGCACCAUCCAAAGAGCUGUCGACAGGGUGAUAUUUCUUUCUGAGGGAAAGAUAGUCUGGGAAGGAAUGACUCAUGAGUUUAUGUCGUCGGCAAAUCCGAUUGUCCGGGAGUUUGCUUCAGGAAGCUAGGACGGUCCAAUUGAAUACUAGUGCUUGAUGUAUACGAAAAGUAGUCAUGGUGUCAAGAUUUUCUAAAGAGGCGGGUCAAGUGGAUCGCAGACUGGCUGUGGUUGGGCCACCUGACGUGCUUGCAUGUGCAACACGGUUAACUUACAUUGUAGGGGUUAACAGAAGUUGCAUUGCAUUGUGCACAUGACCAAGAUGGGCUGAUAAAAGUUAUACCUUCACCACAGGGCAUCAGGUUGGUUGUUUGUAUGAUAAUUCGAUUUCUAAUAGCAGAAUCGAGAUCAUCGUAUUGAAUAUUUAUUUCGAA